CUACUGAAGUUGUUGAUCAGCAGGGGAGGAGGGAGCAGGUUUGGGGUGAUGGUAAGCUCUUGCCUCCCCCAAGACAUCAAGUGCCCAGCUCACCAUCAGGUGGAACAAAGAACACGGGCAACCUCUGGAUAAACUAAGGUAUAUUGAGCCUAGGUGAUUUUAAGAAGUUAGAAGAGUCUCAAAUGAUGAUGGGGAGCAGGAAAUGAACCUAUGGAAACAUGGCUGCCAUGGAAGGGGACAAGGGGGCAGCCCCCAGCCCCCAAUGAACCAUAAUCCACCAAUUACUAGCAUUCUUUUUCUUUUUUAAAAAGGACAUGUUUCUAUCAUUUGUAGAACCUGAGAUAAGAGGUAAAAUGUACAGGCACUACUGUAUUCUCAUUUGUGAGAAAUUUCCCUGCUCCCAUCUUUUAGAUAUGCAUUUGCAUAUGUAUAUGUAUGGAGUAUUUUACUUUGCCCUCACCCCAUUUUAUUCGCCUGUGGAUAUCCAUGUGUGGGGGGGAAGGGUGUGUGUGUGAAAAGCUGGCACAAGGAGACAGGAGAACUUGAGGUCAGAGGGAUUGUUAAAACAAUGGGUCUUUAUGGAUUCAGAAAGCCUUAACAGCUAGAAGAUGUCCUGACAUGGGCCAGGCCUACUAGUUGUGCACAAGAAAAGUCCUACCUUGGUCUCUGAAAUGGAGGUUUCAAAGUCUCAAAAGGUCAAUAUAAACCCACGGGAGGUUGUAGACUCUCCUUCCUUUUUAAGCAGAGGUUGGAUGGUCAUCUGUCAUGGAUGCUUUAGUUGAGAUACUUGCAUUGCAAGGGGUUGGACUAGAUGACCCUUGGGGUCUAUUCCAACUCUACAAUUCUAUGAUUCUGUCAUAUACCAUGAGGUCCAUCCACACACUGACAGGCCUGCUUAGCUUCAGGUGGUGACCUCAUUGUCUUACACUAUAACUUGUUCCAUUCUGGAAAGCCUUCCAUCCUACAGUUGCAUUCACUGUGUAGCUCCUCCACUGAUCUUGCCCUACCGGAGCCUAAGAAGAACCCAAACUUAAGUUAAAACUAGUAUAAAACCCCAACAUUUCCUGGUAGAUCCUCUGAUCGGUACUGUGAUAAGUUUGGGAUGCUGUUGCUCCUCCAUGAGACCUAAGCGCACCACAGACUCGGCGUUCAUUCUUGCCCCUGUGCUAGGGACAAUUUGGUGGCCAAAGGUUCCUGCCAUUUUAUCAAGUUUGCUAUUUGUUCUGUGUGGUAGUCAGUCUAUUUCUGUAAUCAUGCUAGUGAGCAAAUAAAAAAUAAAGCAACAGAAAUGCCCAGAACUAAAUAGACACUACAGGUCCUCUUCUGAGUGAGAUAACGUUUGACACUCACAGGAUAACUCUACAAACUUCAUAAAAUGACACAAACCUGUAAGUGCAUAUGCAUGGCCCAUUUAUGGUUACUGCCGGGACAGCUACGUGAACAGAACCCAAGAGAAAAUGAGGAUCCGGUUCACAGAUAAACAAUUCUGACACAUAGUACCUGAUGUACUAUCAUUCUGGCCAGGCCCUUCCCCUGGACACAUUCUUGACUUAUUUAUUGGGGUGGCAUUGGCAUCUAGUUUGUGUUGCUUGGUCAGUUGGGGUCUGGUGGUUGGACAAACCCUGUCUUUGAGAGGGAAGGUUGGCCAAGAAGGCCUUUUGUACCCCUCCAUCGCUGCAAUUCAAAAAGGCAUGUGUGUGCACUGCUUUUCUAAUAAAUAGGAGCUGAAAGUGGAGAAGUGGAUUAUUCAAAUGGAGAAGCAACCUGGUGAAAUUCUGAGUCGAGAUACACACACACACACACACACACACACACACACACACACUUUUACCUCCUGGGAGGCAGAUCAUCAUCACCGUGUUCAUUCUCCCUUUGUGUGCAUGCAGUGGGGAGUUAUUGUGGGAUGGAUAGAUUUUGCGGCGCCUCAUUCUGUUUCCUCUCCCCCUGCAGGGCCCUUUGCCCACAGCACCCAACUCCUGCUGUGCUGUAAGGAGCAGUGCAGCCAAGAGUGCGGCCAUGGUCAGCCCUCGAAGCAGCUCAAGUUGUGUGGACGCCUUCGGUGCUUCCAGAGACAUUGUUCCCCUUGCAGCCGCUCUUUCCCCGUUUCUCUGCUACUGGUUUCUGCACAGGACAGGCGAAUGGAUGCCGUGCCAGACUAUUAUAAGCUUUUAGAGAUUCCCCGGGAUGCCUCCGACAAUGAUAUUAAAAAGGCGUAAGUCUUUCUCUUGAAUUCUCAGCGUUCUCUCUCGAGACUUUUGUCCGCAACUCAAGCCAUGUGUGAGGCAGGAAAAAAAGAUUCCUGAUGCCAGUUCAAUUAACACGUCACACAACAUUUAAUACACGACAGCAUGACCCUCAACUGUCCCAUUUUAGGUGGGGCAUCCUGGAAUUACAGAAGCCAUCCCAGCUUCUUACCGGAUCCCAAAAUGUCCUGUUUCUCCAUCUGCCACUCUUGUGUGAGUCAGCUGGCUUGUGCCAGAGCACCAAACCAAAAUAUGCUUGUUUUUUGGCCUUGCGUGCUUGUGCGAAUCAGCUGACUCCCGUGAGAGCUCGGAACCAGAAGAACAAGCACCCUGAUUUUGUUCAGUGGGAUGUCAGAGGUUAUGUGAUAGCAUAUUUUCUUUAAUGUAGAAAAUGGUGCUUUGGCAAUUGUAUCAUGGACUGUACCGCACUGGGCCACCAGACAUGUUUCAGUGGUAGACAAGCAGCAGUGCUUUAGAGCAAGAACAAGAAAGGCCCUACUAAACUCAGCCUACCUUCAUGGUGACUGUCCACCAUCUAUAGAUUCCAUAGCUUUAUGGAUUGGUGCAUUUGAUUUUGGGGGACUUAAGACAAUGGUCAGUGCCUGGUGGCCCAGUGGAGAGCACCAAAAUAGCAGUCAUGGCAGAAAAAGUAUGUGCUAGUGGUGGCAGCUGGGCUGGGCCUGGCUGAGGUGGUGGUGUUUGUGCAUAGGUGGGUGGGGCAUAAUUGGCACCAUGCCAAGGAUCCCCCAAAUUCUUGUGCCAGUCCUGCAUGGGCAUCUGGUUGUUCACUGUAAGAACAGAAAUCAGGACUACAUAGGUGUUUGGGCUCUUUUUACGUUCUUAACUGGGAUUUGCAUUGAAGGCGGUUUAUUGUUGCAGAAGGUGCUGUGACGCUCAAAUACUGCAUUCCCUUUCUCUCCUGGGUCUGUGCAGGUACAGAAAGAAAGCCCUACAGUGGCACCCGGAUAAAAAUCCAGAUAGGAAGAAUUAUGCUGAGCAGAAAUUCAAAGAAGUUACAGAAGCUUAUGAAGUGUUGUCAGACAGUAAGCGACCAAGUUCAUCUUUCUGCCACCGACUCUCUCUCAGAUCAUUUGGGCUUAUAGGCUUAUGUCUCCCUGGACUUUGGGACACUGAUUUUCACAGCCCUUGUUAGCCGAAGUCACUUCAUUAAAAAAUCAGAGGUUGUGACGGCUGUCUCUCUGGAAUUCCCCCCUGUAUUUUCGAUUACACGUCUAGACCAGGGAGUUGAUAGCAAUAGACAUGGAUUAUGGGGAGAGGCCUUUUUGGUAAACUAUGGAAAAUUAUUGCCUGACAGGUUUGUCAUCAGGGAUUGGCACUGCCAGGCAUCUGCCAAGGCUCACACCCUAUCAGGGGCUCCCACUCCUAACCCCGGGAGCCCCUUAAUCCAACUCCUGCUAAUUCUCUUCGCUGUCAUUGCCUGCUCACUAGCCCAAACCAAGUGAGUGAGGACAGGAGCAAAGAGAAAGAGGAGCAGCCUUCUUCCCUCCAUGUGUGGCAGUGGUGCAAAUUGGGCAGAGCACAUUAAAAGCACAUAGUUCCCUGCCCCCCAAAAGAGCAUGGGAACUGUAGUUUACUCCCCAGCUGAGCUAAAAUUCCCAGCACCCUUAACAAACUGCAAGGCGGGAUUCACCUAACAAGUCAAGAGGCAGCAAUAACAAUGAUGAGAAAGAGACGAGGCUCCUCAGGGUUUCCCCAAACCUGGAGCCAACAUUGUUACCUGCAGAAGCCAGGUUUCAUAAUCUAUAUUGCAGAGCCAGAGUAUAGCUUCUAGAGGGUGCAAAGAUUACCGUUUUAUUUGUGAACUUGCCAACUUAGUCCUCCUUCCUUUCUUCAGAGGCCAAGCGUGAACGUUAUGACUGCUAUGGGGAUGGAAUCACAGCGGCAGGUAAGAAACAUGUUCUUUCCCUACUAUUUCACACACCUUUCUUCUAAGGCCCAUGAACCUCACAUAUAGGCUAAGAUUUGUCUGGCAUCUUAUUUCGAAUCCAUGUUAUAGAUUAGGGUCAACCCUAGAAAUCAACACAUGCUGUGCUUUUGGUUAUUUGUGGUAAGAAAGGAGAAUGCAAGCUGCAGAGGAAUUCCUAGGCUGCCUUAUGCAAAGCAGUCUGGCUGGCUUAGUGAAGAGCAAACCUAACCUGUCACAAAGCGUUGAGAGGAAUCCUUUAGCCUGGAGGGUGAGAUGUUACCAAGGUGAUGGGAUGUAUGUUUGAGGGGACAGGAAAAGGGAUUUUCCAAGCAACGGGUUUCUGGGAGAGAGAAGAAAGAAGAAGAUUUGGCAUCUAUUUUUGAGGGAAGCAGCCUGAAGGUUGCUUGUGCUGCUGCCUCUGGAAGUCCGUAUGCUGUAAGUUCUGGAUUUCUUCCAUGCAGAAUGAAGGUGUAAAUAAGUGAAUAAGCCAUAUUUCUUAAAGCACAACAGUCUUCCCCAUGUCUUCCAUUCUCCAAAGGGACACAGACCCUGUGUGUGUGCCUGGGCCCCUAUGGGCUUUUGCCACCACUUGGCAGAUAGAGGGGUAGGCCAUACAGCUUUUGUAACAAUUUUCUUUCUGAAGUGUAGGUGGGUUCCCACAAGGCAAGACACAGUGAUAACAGCAAGAACCUUUAUUGAACUAACAGAAUGGGACAACAGGCGCAAAGCAACUGCUUAUACACAUUUCUGAAGGCCUGGGCCACUCCCACUCCCAAUGUGAUUGGCUGUCUAAACUUCCAAGCUGCGAAUCAUAAGUCAGAGUUUAAGGGCCAAUGACAGAGGCCCAAAUCCUGAAAUGUUCUGUGAUUGGCUAUCAUGUAUCGAAUCAGAACACAGGGGCUCAGACUCCUUAGUCCAGACUCAAGCUCAGACAAAUACAGACCACUGAUUACACAACACUUUCUCUACUAUUUCACACAUCUUUCUUCUAAGGCCCACAAACCUCACAUACAGGACAAGAUUUCUCUGGCAUCUUAUUUUGAACCCAGAACUGGAGCCCACAGGAGACCUCCCCCUCCUCUGGAUGUCUUGUAUUAAAACUCCCAUCAGUUGUGACCAGCUCACACAGAAUCCCUUGCGCUGAGUGGAGAGGUGGGUUUCCAUGAGUGUUUCACAAAGGAGCACCAGUCACGGACUACUCAUCCUGGCUACACAGCUCUGCUCCAGAAAGGGAAGGGGCUUCUCCAUUUUUUUCUUCAUAAAAAUUAUACAGUGGGAGCAUCCCAGGACUUCAGUGAUGUGUUUGCAAACCAUGUUACUACCCCAGCAGUUCCUGAAGGAGACGAUUUGAAAUUCACCUUCCGCAGCCCCUGGGAGGUUUUCCGAGAGAUGUUUGGCAGCUCAGACUCUUAUGCUGGUAAGAGUCAUUCUAAUCUGGAUUGUGAUUUGAUAGCUAAGAUUUAGACUUACUGAAGGGUUGUUAUGGUGAGAUAACGGGCCACAGUCCCCAGGAAUAAAGAAUUUCAGGAUCCCUUAGCCUCACUCCACCCUUUCCUCUUGGGUAUCUGUCUGUAAAACUGUGAGCUCUGUCCUUUAGUGCAGGCAUCCCCAAAUCAGCCCUCCAGCUGUUUUGGGACCCAUCAUCCCUAGCUAACAGGAACAGUGGUCAGGGAUGAUGGGAAUUGUAGUCCCAAAACACCUGGAGGGCCGAGUUUGGGAGUGCCUGCUUUAGUGUUUUCAGUUUUCUUGUGGUUCCCAUUGGAGUUCUACCAGGCUGAACAUGGACCAUAGUUUAGUGGAAAAUUAGACUUCAAAAAACAACCAAAUUUCUUUGGUAGAUUCUGCAACUACUAACAGCCGUUUGUUUAGGAAACCAAAACAAUUUUGUCAUUAUUGUCACUGUGGUUGCUACUAUUUUGCAGUAGCAGAAGUCAUUGUGGCUGGCAGUAGUAGCAGGAGUUGUAUUUCAUUUCUGUUAUUAUUAUUUUAUUUCAUAGUAGCAGUAACAGAAUUCCACGUAUUUAAAGUCUGAGCAUCCCUCCACUGUAACACUCAAAUCCGGGACGAUUGCUGUAGCUGUUUACAAAGGUCAGUUUUUAAACACCUAAAAAGGCCCCAAAAAGGAAUUUGACAGAGAAGUAGAUAAUAAGGGGAGAUGGUUCCAAACAGAUGGAGCAGCAGUGAGUGGUGGAGGAGGUUGCGGUAAAAGAGGAAGCAACUCCAGGAUUGCAAUGACUUAAGUUUGCGCAUGAAGCCACUUGCUGUUGCCAUGAGUUGAAUUUUAUCCCCACUCUUCUGCUUUCUCAGCCAAAAAGGAGGAAGACGUCCCAUGGUACUUACGAGGCCCCUUAUUUUCCAUCUCCAUUUCAGAAGACUCAGGUAGGAUGUUACCAACCUUUAAAUGUGAAUCCCUCUGUCUAACCUGGAAUGCUUCUGCCAUUCUUCCGCCUUCUGAUCUGUCGGCUGUAACCUCCUCUCAGCUUUUCUCCUUCUGUUAUGGGAGAUGUUAGGAUUCCUUCCUUCCCCCUCCCUGCCAAACCUUUCCUUGUUGUGGGGGCUGACCUCCAUUUCUCUAGUAGCUAGUCUGGCUCUCCAGUUUUCUCCAGUUGAGCUCUGAACCUUUUCACUUGCUGCUUCUGCUAGUCAGUAUGUCACAGUGGACAGAAUGCUGAAUUUCAACAAGGGAGGAGGAAAUCUGUUUUCAAAUUUAUGCUUAGCCAUAUCGUGGGCCAGUCUUUCAGUCACAGGUGAUUGCAAGGGGUAGGGUAGCAAGUUCCCCCUCUCCCCAAUGUUUUCCACUCCUCCGCUUUACAAUCAAUGUGUAUUAGGGCCCUUUGUAGCAUUGAUUAAAUGCACAGAAAACCUACACGUUGUUAAAGAAACCUUGUUUCCAUUCUCCAGGGAUGGCCCUAUCAUUAGGUAGAGUGAGAGCUGCCUCUGGGCAGAGAGUGGACCCAGGUGUGUUCUGCAUGGCCUGGCCUCUCUGUUAGCCUUCUCCCUCAGGGGUGGCAGACCCUCCAAGUGUCCCCAUUUACCAGGGACAUCCCUGAUUUAGAGAAGCUAUCCCUGUUUCUGGUUUGAUCCCAGAAUGUCCCGCUUUUUCUUAGUAUGUCUCUAUUUUCAUUGGAGAAGUGUUGGAGGGUAUGGAGUUAUCCAGCCCCUGAGCUGUCUGAAGGCAAUCCUAUAUAGGAAAGUUUUUUUAAAAAAAAAGUUUAAUGCUUUAUUUUAUUUUUUAUAUAUGUUGGAAGCUGCCCAGAGUGGCUGGGGCUGGCUGGGUAAGAUGUGUGGGGUAUAAAUAGUAAAAUUAUCAUUAUGGAAUGCGACGUCUCAAUUUUCAUCGGAGAAAUGUUGGAGGGUGUGGUGUGAAGGAGGACUCUGUCCCAUCACCAGCAUUGCAGCAGGAUUAAACUGCCUGUCUAGCCAGCUUUUGAACAUAGAAUUGGGAAGGUAUCAUCUUGUAGAUAGGAUAGACCAUUGUGCUCCGGUCUCUUAGGCAGUCCCCUAGUAGGAGCAGAGGACUGGGUGAGUGCCCACUCCAUGUGUGUGGAGUGUGUGUGUGUGUGUGUGUGUGUGUGUGUGAAUAUGCAGUGCUGAGAUCCUUUUUCAGGUAAACUCUCCCCUACAGGUGUGAGCUUGCACUGAGUUCCACUGUCACGUGGUCUUGGAUAGGCAGAGGAAACCAGCUUCAGAGUUCAAACUAGAAGAUUAGGAACAUACACUAAGAACAUAAAAGGCGUUUUUCCAGCUCUGAUUUGGGUGACUAAGAGCACAUUCUUUUAAGUACUUUCAAACAUCAAGGCUAGACUCUCAGAGGCCUGACACAGAGUGGCUUAGGGUCACUUGUAUUCCACAAGGCAAACUGCCUUGGGCAAGGGGGUUGUCCUGAAGGAAAAAGAGAUAACCAUCCUUUGGAGGAGACUAUCUGAUGGGAUGCAGGGAUGACUGGCAACUGGACAGUAGUGUAGUGAAAACCUCAGCUGCCUGCUAGCAUUGGUCAUGAGUUCCCAGCAAUGAAUUUGUCAUCUUCUUUUGCAGGUGUUUCAAUAACAUUUGGACCCAAAAGAUCACUAUGUUUCUUCUCUCUUGAUCCCAAAGUCUUCAGUUUAAGAAACAUAAUAAGCAGGAAAAGGUAUGAGUUGUGCCUCUGCUGUCCCUGAACGCAAGGGGAAGCAGAGGUGGGAUGGCCUAGUAGCUGCUGGUCAACAGAGCUAAGCAGUGGUUCAAGGCAGAGGUGCAUGUGCACAGCAAGCUCAGGUCAUUUCCAGCAUUAGCCUAUCAGCAGGGAACUCCCAGCAGGGAAGCCCUCAGAAAACCUAGGGAACCUCUCUCCCCAGCAUCUGGCAAUGAGAUGCCAAGGGUUAUGCAGGCCUGAAGCCAAAAAGGACCCAGAAAGUUGUAUCCUUUUAUGGAACAAAUCUGAAGGACAGAACUAAAUCCUUUUUUUAUAUUAUUUCAUAAAGUUUGUACACUGCUUGAUUAUAUCACAACCAUACUUGAAAAGAUACAAAAGUUAAAAUACUAAAGCAGAUGAAAAUUACCUCAACCUUCUAAGCAUCUGGGUUGCUGGGUUGCGCUGGGGAUACAUGACUCUGCCAUGUACAGAUACAGAUAUAGAUCUGCAUUUCCAAUAGGUGUCUCCCCCCCACCUCAGGAUCUGGUAAAAGCUGACAUGUGACAAUAUGUCGUCAUGCUCAGAGUUCCCCUGUUCCCCCCUCAUUUCAUUUGCUGCUGCUGCUUGCAAGGGAUGUAAAAACAGUGAGUAUGGUGGUGUCAUGCCUUCUGCUGCUAGGUAGUAGCUGGAAGACAUGAGCUAUAGCCCCAUAUCUUCUAGAUGUGUCCAGAAUCUAAAAAGGGCACUGAUAGAUUUUUAAAGCAGCCAUCGUUGUGGUAGAUGGGGAAAGGAUGUCCAUCUGUUUGCUUUCCACUGGGUAACUCCAGUGUGUUGAUUUUCCAGGUCUGCAGAUAAAGAUUCUGAACAAGUAGAAGCUAAGGAUGAUAGAGAGAUAAAAUCUGCUGAGGCUUCAGGUAGGAAGAAAUGAUUUGGGGCCACAAUAAAGUUCAUAGAGCUCGGAAUUAUUCCAGAGCAACCUGUUAUUCACAGGCAGGUACAGAAGAAAGUAUGAGGCCUGAGUCUUUUUGUCCUGGCUACAGAUUGCACUUUUGUAUUUGAUGUUAAUUAAACUAUCAUCUUUUAACACUGUAAAGGUAAAGGGACCCCUGAUCAUUAGGUCCAGUCGUGACCGACUCGGGGGUUGCGGCGCUCAUCUCACUUUAUUGGCCGAGGGAGCCGGCGUACAGCUUCCGGGUCAUGUGGCCAGCAUGACUAAGCUGUUUCUGGUGAACCAGGGCAGCGCACAGAAACGCCGUUUACUUUCCCGCCAGAGCGAUACCUAUUUAUCUACUUGCACUUUGACGUGCUUUCGAACUGUUAGGUUGGCAGGAGCAGGGACCAAUCAACGGGAGCUCACCCUGUCGUGGGGAUUCGAACCGCCGACCUUCUGAUCGGCAAGUCCUAGGCUCUGUGGUUUAACCCAAAGCACCACCGCCGACCUUCUGAUCGGCAAGUCCUAGGCUCUGUGGUUUAACCUAAAGCACCACCGCCGACCUUCUGAUCGGCAAGUCCUAGGCUCUGUGGUUUAACCCAAAGCACCACCUGCGUCCCGCUUUAACACUGUACUAUACCAACAAAUCCUCAUGUGGAUUAUACACCCCCUUCUCCAUAAGUAAAGGGGUAGGAAUGAACCACCCUUUAAGCACUGUAAAGUUCAUUGUCACGGCUCCCACCUUUGGAAACAAUACUCAGACUCUCUCAGCCUGGGGAAAUCUGAAAGUUGAUUUAUGAAAUCAGCACAUGGUUUCAGCAUUAGCUCAAAGUACAGAGUACAUCUUUCUAACACAAGAAUAGGCAUAAGCACAGGCAUUGUCCCAGCAACUGACAUGACGCUCUCGUUCUACUUUUAAAGUGUGUGCGCGCCUGUCAUUCAUGCUAUUAUCAUUCCAAGCAAGAAGACUGAGUUUGGGAGCAUUCGCUCCUACAGGGAGAAGGAGCUGUCCAUGCAGGUGCAUACAAUGGCACAUCUUUGGCAAUGCGAUCCGAGUUCAACACUGACUCUUCCUCCACCUCGGCUUCACCUGGCUCCACUGGUUGGCCAGCUGCCUCCUCAGCUACUCUGGUAGCUUCAUUCUCCUCUCCCUUAUCGUGACAUCUGCAAACAGUGGGGCGAGACACUCUCCCAAGUCACUGCCUGAACUUUCUCCAUCCCGACUUCUGGAUCAUUCUCUGGCAUUCCCGUCCCAUCCUGGCUGGCAGCACGGGGCCCAUGUCACCCGUAAUCUCUGACUGUUGGCUAUGUUGUCUGGAGCUGAUGGGAAUUGCAGUCCAGUAACAUCUGGAGGGCAGUAGGUUGGGAAAGGCUGUGGCUCGCUUUCUGAUACGUUCUCGGUUCAUCUUAGAAAUAAAGAUGGGUCAUUAGAGCAGAUACUGGUCUUAUGAAAAAGUUAUGUCAAAACUAUGUAUAGGGGCAAGUGCUGGAAUUCUGUGACUGGAAACCAUUCCAGUGUUCGCCCACCAUGACUGAGUUCUUCCAACUCUUUAGUUAAGUACCUCAGCAUCAGUAAGCCUCUUUCUUGAUAUGGGAAUGAAUGAAUUAAAAAAGCAGGCUUUUUUACUUCCUAGUGCUGGGGACUUGUCUAGUUCAGGGGUUAUUACCCUGUGGCUCUCCAGAGGUUGUUGGAUUUCAACCUUCAUCAGCCCCAGCCAGCAUGGAUGAUGGGAGUUGUAGCCCACCAACACCAUCCCUGGUCUAGAUGGAAAUUUGUUCCCCACCUGCGGUGCCCUUUCUAUUGGUGGAAGUAUUAGGAGUGCUGAACCUUGUCUUGGGAAAUGAGUUGCUUAUUAAAAAGAAAUAACCCAACGGGUUUAUAUAUAUAUAUGUAAUUUUUAUUAGAUUUUCUGUUUUACAAUUUAGAAUACUCAUUUAAACAUCCUUAAAAUAUCAAUGACUUCCCUUCUUCUCUUUCCAUGGUUCAUUCUGCAUAUCAUAAAUCCCUGCAUAUUUUACAUAAACUAAACCAUUCAGUAUUCCAUUAUUACAUCCAUCAAAACUUAUUUACACUGUUGAAUUUAUCUUAAUGCUGCCAGCAUUUUCAAGUGUACACAGUUCCCUCCAUAUAUUCAAUAAAUAUUUUCCAAUCUUCUCUAACCAUAUGUUCUUCUUGUUCUCUUAUUCUAUAGGCUAAGUCUGCAAGCUGUGCAUAUUCCGUCAGCUAAAGUUGCCAUUCUUCUUUAUUUGGGACCUUGCUCGUUUUCCAUAACCCAACGUUUUUUGUUUCUGUGGUCAUUGUAGGUGAAAACGAAAGCAACAACAUAGAAGCAGUGGGCAGUGAAAUACAGACGGAGUAUGAGUCGGUCCCAGAAUACAAGGAGAAUGAUGGAAAUGGAUUGGGGCCGGGGUAUGAUGAAGAUGAUGAGGCUCUUGGGGGAUUUGAGUCCUACGAAAGGUGGAAGAACCCAUGUGCAGUCUAUGAGGUGGUGAAAGAUGAGGUGCCUUCAGCCUAUCCUUCGUCUUCCACGUACGAACCGCAGUAUGGAUGCAGCUCUUACACAGCUUACGAGAUGCCUUCCAGGUGCUCAUCUCCUGUGAAGAAAAAUGGAGCCUCUCCUGUGUACGAGUCGCAAAAUGCGUAUGAGUUUUCUACCAUAUGUGACCCUCGGUAUAGCUGCGGAUACUCCCCCAUUUAUGAGUCACAGUACGAUGAUGACAUCUCUCCAUCUGAUUCGCCGUACAUAUAUGAGACCUCUGGACCAAAGUCUCAGUACAGGUUCGACGACUCUUCUGUGUAUGAAUGGCAAUACGGCUACGAUACCCCUCCAAUAUACGAAACACACUAUACCUGCAAGGACUCCCCAGUGUACGAGUCUCCGUAUGAAUGUGAGUGCUCACCUGUGUAUGAGUGGCCUCCGCAGCAGAAUGAAUUGCAGCUUAAAGAUGCCCCGACUCCUGAAUUUGAGGGUUGGAAUAACCCACAGAGGGAAUGCAUCUCACUUCCCAGAUGCAGUGAGUCCCACGACCCUCUGGAUCCAUCUUCUGGAGAUGCUGAAGAUGCUCAAGGACCUGCUGGCUACAGGCUGGCUUCUGGAAGCAGGCCGUCUUCGGGUCUCAAUGAAGCAUCACCCGCCUCCCUUAGGGUGACAACUGGAAGUACUCCGCCAGCUGUGCCUUCUGAGGAGCAGGGUCAGGGACCAAAUGGAGCCAGGAAGCAGCCAGUGGAGAGCUCAGAAGGGCUUCUGGGAGGCAUGAGGAAAUUCCUGGACGGAACGAGGAAGCUCUUGUGCAGAGGGCACCAGCCUUCCAAAGAGCCCGUUUCAGAAGGAGACAAGUGGGCAAGCAGUAUAAGCCAGCUCCCAAACAUAAACAACCCGCCUCAGAGAGGGGUGAGGCAGCUGCCUAGUGGAGGCAACCCUUUCCUGUGUGGAAACCAUAUAUUUGUAGACCAUUCCAACUGGCCCAGAGGGGACAGGAAUCCAUGCGUCGGCAGAGCAAUCCAUGCACACAUCCCAAGAGGAGCCUACUGGACAGGAGGGGGAAUGACACCUCAUCUCCCAGAUAUCUCCAGCAGGCUCCUGGGCAGAGUAAAUAGGAUCCCUGGCAGGGGCAGUUUCUCCUCUCCCCUGACCUCCCCUUCCAGCUGCUCCUAUAACUCCUAGACCAAGGAGAACCUUAUAAAUCCCCGGAAGCUGGAGAGAUGCAUAAUAAAGGGUGGAAGUGAAAAAUUUACCAGGUUGUGUUCUGCUGUAAUUUCAUUUAAAAGCCAAGGACAUAGAAGCUGCUCGAGACUAGCCUGCAAGGUCCUGGACAGGUGGUGCUAUGUUCCAGAUUGUGUGCCUGCAAAUCCCAAGUGUUGCAAUUUGGAAAAACGUUUGUAAAUGGACCACAUCUGCAGCUCAUUGGACACUUCGCUGGCAUAGCUUGCUGGCAUUGGAGGCCAUUUCUGUUUCAAAAUUAAAAGCAUUUUCGGUUUACUGUC